AAUGGAAGGUCCUACAAUCUACUGCCCAUUUAUAUCAGUAUAUAUGCGGAGGCCUUAUGUGAACGUUAAACAAGUUGGGGUACAAAUAGACAAAGAGACACAGAAUCGAGACAGAAAUAGCUCUGACGCGAAACAUUACAGCGGGAGAUAAACGCCCAUCACUGUCGGGUUGACGUUUCGAAGAUACGACGUCGGGUACAGUCAACCUGCGAGGCCACCAGUCGUGGUGCAAGCCCGAGGGCGGACACUGGCACCACAACCCGCCAUGUGAACCGUGGCGAUCAGUGGCGACCUGGCUCCAGCUGAGGCAACAGUUGGUUCAUCGCUCGCGCCUUUUCAGGAAUUGUGCGUCCUUUGGCAGAAUCCCCCGAGAAGAUGGUUCGCUCUCCGCUGAUGGUCGUUGGGUCCUUGAUGGUGCUUGGGAUCUGUAGCGGAGUUUACAGCUGCAGUCCUGAUUACAUUGAGUGUGCUACAAUAAGGACGUGCAUCAAAAGGAGAUAUAUUUGUAAUGGGAGGCGGGACUGCUCUGACAGCUCAGACGAAGACAUGUGCAACGGAAGAAGGCUAGGAGUAUUUCCUUCUACCACAACGACCACUACUACCACAACCACCACAACUACCACGACGCCCGCCCCCACCCCUCCCCCACCCAACAACGUGGAGGAGAGCGAGGCGCUGGGUCAGAAGUUCGCUCGGACCUUCAACGACACACUCCACCACCCAAGAUGCCCCAAGCUCUACACCAGCGUCGGGAACAAGUGCCUCUCUCUCCUCUACUUCGUCAAGGUCGGCUGGGGGGAGGCAAGGGCCCUGUGCUCAGCCAUCAGCGGGGAGCUGGUUCGCUAUCCUUCUGCCUCCGACGGGGAGUUCGCUGCUCUCCUGAAGUACCUGCGGGAGAUACAGAUGACGACGGACUUCUGGGUGGGAGGCCGGUACACGAAGGACACCGAGGCGUGGGCGUGGCUGGACGACGCCCCGAUGGACCUCGGCUCGCCCUACUGGGCCGUCAGACACACCGAUAGUUGCAGCAGCCGCCAGCAGGAGUCAGUGCAAGACGGCAAGCCUGAGGACGUCGCCUACUGGACCAACACUUCGGCCUGCUACCACUACGAGCAGGCGCCCCGGCGCGACUCCCACGAGCUCUGCGCCGCCGUCACCUUCCGCCACUACUUCUACAUUAGCGACGAGAACUGCCUCAGCGUCAGGAGCCCUCUGUGUGAACAUGUUCCCAGCACCGCUCAUGACCUCACGCUUGCUAGCGAUCCGUGAUCAUUGUACUACCUCAAGAACCCUUUUUGACUUCGAAUAUUUUUAUCAUGAAUCAGUUAUGCUUGUUUCGUGUAUAUAGGCAUUUAUUAUAGUAUAGACUUAAAAAAAGAUAACUUUUGAAGAUUCACAAUCAAGUUCAUUUGCUUUCUAUACUAAAACAAUUGAGCCUUUGUCGAUGUUCAUAUGCGUGAAUACAGAUUAACAGCACGCACUCGUGUAAUUUGUAGUACAUGGUGCAUGACAAGAAUAUGUUGAACACUGUAAACAGUGAACAGUAAAUCUAUUCUUGUGUAAUAGGCCCUUCGCAGUACUAAGUAUUCUAAAGGCGUCGAGCUUUACAGCGUUUCUGUGCCACGGUAAAUUAACUGCCAUGAACGUUGAGACAGAAUGUCAGUCAUUAAUCUCAAACACCUAAAAAGGUUACUAAGAUGGGUAUUAUAUCUGAGCUUUUAAAUAUAUAUAUAUACAUAUACAUAUAUAUAUAUAUAU